AUGAGGUUGACAGACGCAGUAUUAGUCACUGCUCCUUUAAAAAAGUUUACAAACUACAAAAAUCCUGGCUACAAAUAUAAAGUUGUGCGAAUACCAGCACUGAAAGAUGAAGUACGGGUCAGGAAAGAGCAACCUAAAGCUGGCGCCUGUGUUAAUGAGAUGUCAAGCAUGAUGGAUUGCUGGAAAAGAACAGAUUUCAGUCAAGCAGCUUGCGAUGCAGAAGCUCAGGCCUUUCUCAAAUGUAUUGCGAUAGCGGAGGCUGAAAAAAAAGAAGCUCUUGUACGCGCCUCGAAAGGUCUGCCAGCUAAAGGAUCAAACAUGAGGCCCAGCAAGCAGGUCAACGAAAUGCUGGCGAAAUUUCCCCAACCACCGACCAACCUCUUGUAA